CUAAUAUAGCAGUCUUAAUGGUUCGUUACGUAUCGGAGAGUGGCCGUUAUGUUGUUUUUUUUAAUAUUCCUUUUUUGUCACGUUGCUGGCAUCGGCCAUAUGGGAAAGUAUGGAACCGAUUGGGUUUAUUUUAUGGAUAUGAACGGUAAACCACAUUACGUCAGUAUGACCGCGUCAGUCUAUAAUUUUAAAAUGCCUGCUUUAACUACUGUAGAUGUUUGCAGUUUUUGGUUAUAUACAAGAAAGAACCCUAAAGUAUAUCAGUUAUUAUCACCUAAUAAUUUUACGAAUUCAUACUUUAUGGCCAAUAAGCCUCUGAUUCUGGUGACGCACGGCUGGAUGGUUGACGGCACCAGUACCUCAACUCAGCUUAUAAAGGACGCCUAUUUAGAUACAUACGAUGUCAAUGUGAUUGUGGUCGACUGGAGAUACGUAUCACAAAUCAAUUACCCUUCUGCCGCGACGAAAACAGAAGACAUUGGCCAUAAGAUCAGUGAUAUGCUAAUCGCCAUAGCUAAGCAUUAUGCAUUCGACAUGUCUCGUGUACACUUAAUUGGACACAGUUUAGGAGCUCACGUGAUGGGAUCCGCAGGUUCUGAGCUUAAAAAUAACGGUUUUACUGUGGGAAGAUUAACUGCUUUAGAUGCGGCGCGGCCAUUUUUUGAAGUUCCACGUUUAUUAAAGGGAUUUUCUGCGAACGAUGCAGCUUUUGUGGAUGUGAUACACACAAAUAUAGAUUUCCUGGGUAUUACUAAUCCAAGAGGACAUGCAGAUUUUUAUCCGAACGGUGGUUAUAUGCAGGAACCGUGUUGUCACUCAGCAAGGGAUGUUAGAAAUAAUUGUCAGCAUACCUGUGCCUAUUACUACUUCAAAGAAUCAAUAAGAGGAAAUAUUUUCCAGGCACAAAAAUGUAGUGAUUUUGAAUCUUUCCUUUCUGGAAAGUGCGUAACAAAUGAAACGAGUUAUAUGGGAGAGAUGUGUACGCCGGAGUCUCACGGCAAAUUUUAUUUAGUUACUAAAGACCCUAUUAGUUUUUUUUAAUACUGUACUUUACAGUAAAUCUGUUGGAAAUAUCAAUUUUAA